GUGAUCUCCAUGAUCAAGUGCUAGGAAUUACUUAGAAAAAGAAAUGUACCAGUAUUCCCGAAAACAAAUAGACCACCCGCUUAGAAUGUUCUCGCUCGCGCAAGUUUCUGGACCUUUCUUCAAGGUAAAGAAAACACCCACGAUCUAAUUGGCAAUACCGUAAAUCAAAUAAAUUUCUUGGGAUACAUUCCCAUUGGAUUCAUCUCCAUAUUCACUCUCAACUGCGUUUUGCAAUAUUACUGGUGGGAUUUCCCAUCAGUCGAUCCCUCACUACAAACCAAGAAACAUGAACAUCCCCCAAUAUCUCGCGAUCUUCUUCGCUUUCACGAUCGAUUUUGGGGGAGCUUUUGCGGAAAGUGAUGAAAAAGUUCGUGAAAGGGAAAAAAGAUUUCUCGCUUUUCCCAUAAAUAGUGCGACUGGGGUUCUCGUGGCGAUCGCUGUUCCCUUGAUAAUUCCUCAUAGGAAUGUCUUUGUAUCUUACAAUUUUGAAGCUAACUACAAUAUGCCAACGACAGCAACUGAUCUCAUACCUGGACCCCUAGAUCGUCUGGAGAUCAUCGAUAGGAGUUUCGGAGCCAGUGCGGACAUUAAAGAAAGUGAUCGAGAAAUCAAAGAGCAUACCCCAACAACAACAGAAGGAUCAACAACAACUCCAAAAAUGACAAAAACACCUCAAAAGAGAUCAACAAACGAUUCCUUAUUUAGCAGAAAAAAGAUCUACAGGAUGCUAGAAAGCAAAUUGCAAUGCCAUGGCCAUAGAGGAAGAGCUUGCUUACUAAGGGCAAUUUGUGAAGAAGCUGAAAAUCCAAUAAACGAGCACAAUGGAGUUCUUGGUGAUGUUAUUCAUAUCAUCCUGACACCCUCAACAUCCAUCCGGGAAGAUCUCCACCCCGAAUACUACAAGGCUGAGGAUUUGGGACGUUCUGGAGAUUGCUCAAAGUACAAAAAAUACUGUCCAGAAUGCAUUCUUGACUACAUCAGUAAAAUUAUUUGAAA